GAACCGUGCGAGAGUUCGCCCUGCCGGCAAGCAGCACGCUGCCGCGGCGUUUUACGACGUCAGCGGUGACAGGCCCUGGUUCCAGGGAACGUCCAGUUUUCUCCCUGCUUCCAGGUGUAAGCCAACACGAUGUUUGGUGCUGGGGACGAGGACGACACCGACUUCCUCUCACCCAGCGGCGGUGCCAGAUUGGCCUCUCUUUUUGGAAUGGAUCAGGCAGCUGCUGGUCAUGGAAACGAAUUCUUCCAGUACACAGCUCCAAAGCAGCCUAAGAAAGGCCAGGGAGCAGCAACAACAGGAAAUCAGGCAACACCAAAACCAGCACCAGCCACCAUGGGCACUUCUACAGUACUGCAUGCAACAGUAGUCCAUGCAUAUCGGUACAUGAAUGGUCAGUAUGUAAAGCAGGGCAAAUUUGGUGCUGCGGUCCUGGGGAACCAUACAGCCAAAGAGUAUAGGAUUCUUGUUUAUAUCAGUCAGCAACAGCCAGUUACUGUUGCUAGGAUUCAUCUGAACUUUGAGCUAAUGGUUCGACCCAAUAACUAUAGCACCUUUUAUGAUGACCAGAGACAAAACUGGUCCAUCAUGUUUGAGUCAGAAAAGGCUGCCAUGGAGUUCAAUAAACAGGUGUGCAUUGCCAAGUACAAUAGCUCCUCUUCCCUAAAUGCAGUGCUAUCCCAGGACCUCAUUGUGGCAGAGGGCCCUGCUGUGGAAGUUGGAGAUUCUUUGGAAGUGGCCUAUACCGGCUGGCUCUUUCAGAAUUAUGGACUGGGCCAGGUUUUUGAUUCCACUGUUAACAAAGAUAAACUGCUUCGCCUAAAAUUAGGAUCAGGAAAAGUCAUCAAGAGCUGGGAGGAUGGAAUGCUAGGCAUGAGAAAAGGCGGGAAGCGGUUACUUGUCAUCCCUCCAGCCUUUGCUGCUGGCUCGGAAGGACUUAUAGGCUGGACUCAAGCAGCAGACUCAACCCUGGUGUUUGAGGUGGAAGUCAGACGGGUGAAGUUUGCCAGAAAUUCUGGCUCUGAUGGGCACAGUGUUAGUUCCCGGGACUCUGCUGCUCCUUCUCCCAUCCCUGGUGCUGACAGCCUCUCUGCUGACACCCUCGUGUCACCACCCACAUCAGUGCCUUUCAAAUCAGGGGAGCAGUCUCUUCGUACCAAAUCUAACUCCUUCAGUGAACAGCUUACAAUAAAUACGAGUCCUGAUACAGACAAGGCGAAGUUGAUCUCUCGGAUGGCUAAAAUGGGCCAGCCCAUGCUGCCAAUCCUUCCACCACAGCUGGAACCCAGUGACUCAGAAAUUGAAGAUGCGAAUGCUGUGAGAGGAGCUGGGCCGCCCCUGGUGACUCCGGCCAUCCAGCCCUCUGUUCAGCCAGCCCAUCCAGUGUUGCCACAGAUGACCUCACAGGCACCUCAGCCACCUGUGUCUGGGCUCCAAGCACCCUCUGCUGCCUUAAUGCAAGUGGCAUCUCUUGAUUCCCACUCAGCUAUAUCUGGAAAUGCCCAGUCCUUUCAGCCCUAUGCAGGUAUGCAAGCCUACACCUACCCGCAGGGAUCGGCUGUCAACUCCCAGCUGCAGCCUGUUCGGCCCCUGUACCCAGCAGCACUCUCCCAACCCCCCCAUUUUCAAGGAUCAGGUGAGGUGACUUCAUUUCUCAUGACUGAAGCCCGGCAACAUAACACUGAAAUUCGAAUGGCAGUCAGCAAAGUGGCUGAUAAAAUGGAUCAUCUCAUGACUAAGGUUGAAGAAUUACAGAAACAUAGUGCUAGUAAUUCCAUGCUUAUUCCUAGCAUGUCAGUCACAAUGGAAACGAGCUUGAUUAUGAGCAACAUCCAGCGAAUCAUUCAGGAAAAUGAAAGAUUGAAGCAAGAGAUCCUCGAAAAGGGCAAUCGGAUAGAAGAGCAGAAUGACAAGAUUAGUGAAUUAAUUGAAAGAAAUCAGAGGUAUGUUGAACAGAGUAACCUGAUGAUGGAGAAGAGGAACAACUCACUUCAAACAGCCACAGAAAACACACAGGCAAGAGUAUUGCAUGCUGAACAAGAGAAGGCCAAGGUGACUGAGGAAUUAGCAGCAGCCACUGCACAGGUCUCUCAUCUGCAGCUGAAGAUAACUGCUCACCAAAAGAAGGAAACAGAGCUGCAAGUGCAGCUGACAGAAAGCUUGAAGGAGACAGACCUUGUCAGGGGCCAACUCACCAAACUGCAGGCAGAACUCUUAGAGCUCCAAGAAACCUCUGAGCAAACACAAUCCAAAUUCAAAAGUGAAAAGCAGAGCCGAAGACAACUGGAACUCAAGGUGACAUCCCUGGAGGAGGAACUGACUGACCUUCGAACUGAGAAGGAGUCCCUUGAAAAGAACCUUUCAGAAAGGAAAAAGAAGUCAGCUCAAGAGCGUUGUCAGGCUGAGCAGGAGAUAGAUGAAAUUCGUAAGUCCUACCAGGAGGAAUUGGAUAAACUUCGACAGCUCUUAAAAAAGACUCGAGUGUCCACAGACCAAGCAGCUGCAGAGCAGCUGUCUUUGGUGCAGGCUGAGCUACAGACCCAGUGGGAAGCAAAAUGUGAACAUUUGUUGGCCUCUGCCAAGGAUGAGCACCUGCAGCAGUACCAGGAGGUGUGUGCACAGAGAGAUGCCAACCAGCAGCAGCUGGUAGCACUUCAGGAAAAGUGUUUGGCCCUCCAGGCCCAAGUCACAGCCCUCACAGAGCAAAACAAACAGCACAUUAAGGAACUGGAGAAGAACAAGUCCCAGACGUCUGAUGUUGAAGCCGCUGCUACUGACCCCUCAGAUAAGGUCAAGAAGAUCAUGAACCAGGUGUUCCAGUCUUUGCGGAGAGAGUUUGACCUGGAGGAAUCUUAUGAUGGGAGGACCAUUCUGGGGACCAUCAUGAGUACAAUCAAGAUAGUGACUAUUCAGCUGUUAAACCAACAAGAGCGAGAGAGAGGGGAGAGCAGCAGUGAAGAUGAAGAAGAGCAACCUCAGAGCCCUUCCAAGGAGCAGUCAGUGGCUGGCAAUCCUGGACUGCCUCAAGCACCCCUGCAUAGGGAGAGGCAGGAGCCCCCCAUGGUGUCGUCAGAGCAGGUAGUCGAGGAAGCUGUCCUCCUAUCUUCUCAGGCUGUCCCCACUCCCCAGGAUGAGGUACAGAGAAGGAAAUGGGAGCCCUCAGAAGCAGAGGUGCUCUCAGAGAUGCAAGAUGGCUCCCUCCCACCUGACCUGGCUUGUGCCCCAUUGCACAGAGUCCUGGAGCCCCCAACUUCAAUUCCACCUGAGCUUCCAGGCCCUAUAACUAUGGACUCUGAGUGUGAAGAGACACUUGUCGCCAGCCCACUGGCAGCUAAGCCUGGCAGCUCAUUGGGAAAGGUCUGCACUGGGGAAGUGGCCCCAGAUGGCCCCCUAGAAGAAGGCUCGACAGGACUGUCUGUGACUUCAGAACCCAAGAAGGGGGACCCACUGGCUGUGGGACUGCCUGAAAGCCCAGGAAAAGAGCUUCAGCCCCCUGAGCUUGAUAAAGACAAGGAUGUCACUAGCUCCACUGGUCCCUCCAAGCAGCUGUCAAGCACAGAGGCAGGAUCUACAGCCGCAAGAGCAGCCCUGAGCUCCAGCCAUCAUUCUCAGAACUCCAGUCUCUUUGAGGAUGAAGAAGAGGAUGAAGAAGAUGAGCUGUUUAAAGGGGCGACUCUGAAAGUUCCAAGGCCUAAAGCACAGCCUGAGGAGGAAGAUGAAGAUGAGGUGGUAAGGAGAUCCCAGGCACUGCCAUGUACUCAUACCAUCACCUGGGGGGCCCUCCCCGCUGGCUCUGAGAAGAGAAACGGGGUCUGCUGGUGGCCCAUUGCCUGGACUCUGUGUGCAGGGUCCUGUGGGAGCAGGCUUGGGGCUGGGAGUAGGCAGCUCUGUAAGCACAGACGGGAUGAUCAGAUACCACUUUUCUCCUGAAAAAGAAUAAUAGUCUGCAUAGUCCUGCACAGGAAUGCCAAAGCCUCAAGUUUCCCAAAAUCUGCUGGGAUACCAUUUUUAUUUGUCUGACAUCCUUAUUCAUAGACAAAGACACUGACUCAGAAGGAUAAUUUACGUAAAGCCACAGAGUGAAUUAAUGGCAGGGGUAGGACUAAAACCCUAGGCGCCUAUUCAGACCAUCUGUUCCUGAGCUUUCUGCUUACUCAGCCUGCUUUUUAACAUGUUGCCUUAUUUUGUCAUCACAAUAUCUCUGGGCAGAAAAUGGAUUCAGAACUCAUAGCAUAUUGCUUUAUGGAGAAUGAGAGUGAAGGCUAGGAAGGAAAGUGCUGAUAGAGCCUGGAUUAGAGCCCCAGUUCUUACAUCUGCUGUUCCCCAUUGUGCUAGGUUACAGCAUUUCUGGCUGUCGCUAAGCCAAUUUCAAUUUCACUGUCAUGGGAAGAUCACUGGUAUGAAAUAUGUGUGGAGAAUACAGGUGAGCUUUAGGCUCAGUCUGUCCCAGGGACAGAAAUAUAAUAGUGAAUCAGGGCAAAUCCUGUCCCCUCAUGUAUCAGUCAGAGUGGGUUUUACCUUUUGCCAAAACCUGGGGAAGACCGCUUGAUAGAUUGAGAUCCUGGUACAUACCAGAGCCCUUCCCUCUUGCCUGUGUUUCUUUGGAAGAACUGUACCAGUUAUCUUCUAUUAGCCUUUCUCCUCAAGAAUUAUGUUUUCAUUUGAGAAUCCUGAAUACAAAUUAUGCACUAAAAAAGAAAAAAGGGGGGGAAAUUGCGUAUCCUACGUGACUACCCUAAAUACAGUUGAAAUUUUUUAAUCAGCGAGUAUAUUAUUGGUAUCAAUACUAAUGCCAUCAAGUUAACAUCUGUUUCUUAGAUGCUUUGAAAACUAUUUCACAAACAGGCUCAUUAAAUAAUCUAAUCCAGUGAGCUAGGUACUUUUUCCCAUUUUAUAGAUCAGAGGACUGAGGUUCAGGAAGAUUAAAUAAUAUAACUAAAGUUAUAUAGCUGGUAGAUGUAGAGCUAGAACUUUAACCAGGACAAAACAGAAGCUGGGAGCUAUGCUUGAAAAUUUUAGACCAGGCAGGGUGGCUCAUGC